AGGCAACAUUGCUAGAAAACGCCGAUUUCUCUUUUUUUCUCUUAUUUGGUUUAAUUUGAUAAAUAUAGGUUGUAUCUAUGCGCUUUAUUAUUCACUUAUUUUCGUGGUAUUAACACUAGUCCAGUCCAGAUAACAAGUUCACACGUGACACGGUCGACGGACAAACGAAAGAGAUCACAUUUCAACGUAUUCAACGAAUAUUAUUAACUUAAAAAAAAAUCAUCAUCAUGAGUGAACAUCAGAAACGUCCUCUCCAAAUCAUAACUUAUCUAGUCCCGGGCUUGAAUGUGGAAUUGUUCGAGACUCUGGCCCAAUAUCUGGAGAGUUCUUUGGGCAAAGAAACAACACUUGUUUAUGAAUCCCGCUUUAUUGGCCCUCAGCCUGAUCGCAUUGAUCCAUUCAAGAACAAAACUGCAGACUUAGCAUUUGUAACUGGAGCAUCUUAUCAACAGCUGGUAAAGGAGAACAAUGUCGACUGGGAACUUUUGCAGGUUGGAGCAGUUUUUCCUCAUCUGAUAAAAGGAGAAACUGCAGGAUACUUUGCAGAUAUCAUAAUCCACAAAAAUUCUCAGGAGAGGAUCAAAGAUUUUCUGGAUCUACGUGGGGCAAAUUGGGCCACCAAUAGCUCCAGCUCAACAAGUGGCCACUUUGUGAUGCUCAAGGCUCUUAAAGAGUAUGGAGAAAAUCCGUCCUUCUUUGGAAGUGUACUUAAUUCCGGCUCUCAUUUGAAUUCUAUUCAAAUGGUUGCCUCCCGCAAAGCUGAUGUGGCAUCUGUCGAUUCGAACGUUCUGGGCUACGCGAUGGCCAAAUCUCCGUCCCUAGCCAAAGAUCUUCACGUCUUCAAUUCCAUUGGUCCACUUUCGCCUUACCCGAUUAUGGUUCGCUCGUCGUUGCCGGCCGAAGAAAAGAAGGCCAUUUGUGAUGCUCUACUCCAGCUAGAGGGGGUCGCGCCAUGGAAUAAACGCUGUGCUGAUUUGAGGCUGUUACGCUUUGUCAAGAUUAACACAGAUAUUUAUUUGGAGGACCGCGAAUCACGUGAUUCGCUCGCCAAUUUGUCAGCUUCUGUUCGCUACUAUUAAAUGGGGAAACUCAUUUUUGCCUUUUUAAAACGGAAACUCACUGGAUCUGUUCCUGUCCCGCAAACACAUUUCCAAUUGUUAGGUCGAAUAUCCAUUAUAAGUUAAAAAAUGUGAUGUCUAGUUUAUCAAAAUUAUGAGCUUAGCGUGGUUUGAGGAAAAAAGGAAAUAAAUAUCUGUUAAAAGUUA